AUGGAAGACGCCUCGUGCAGCGGCUCUACGCCCUUCAAGCGCCUCGUCGACCACCAGUCUCGCGAUCUCAGCCUCCACCAAGACAGACAUGUGAGCCGAGGGGCUUUCGGCCAGAGCUCGUUCCGCUCGUCACCGCUGCAUCCCGCCCAGGGCCAGCAAGAUGCCUUUGGCGCGUUCAUGGGCAGCGCAUCUGCCCUGCCCGGCUUCGAGAGCGACGCCACGGCCAGACUGACGCCCUCGCUGCCUUUUGCACAAGUCGGGCCGCCACAUGGAGCACCAGCCCACCCCAGCUUCUCCAGCAGCCCGAUGCAGAUGCAGACGCCGGCGCCUGCAUCGAGCGCAAGCAACUGGGCCGCCGACUUCAACCGCUUCGCAGCCCAGCAGCAGCAGCAGCAGCAGCAGCAGCGGGCACCGGCACCAGCCCUGACGCCAGCAGCCCGCCAGAUGAGCCAUUCGCCAGCCGCCCAGACGAGCUUCCAGCCUGCCUUUGCGCAGCAGCCAAACUUUGCCUCUGCGUUCGGCCAGUCCGUCUUCAGCCCUCCGGCUGGCGCGGUGGCGGCGCCCGACUUUGACCAGGAAAUGUCCCGGUGGAUGUCGGCUCAUGGGGCCGGCAACAUGCAGGAUGUGGAUGCCGCCAUGGACCAGAUCGCCCGUGAGCUGGAAGAGAGCGAGGCGGUGGCCGCUGCCAUUGAGGCGUCGCGCCAGACGCAUGACGAGACGCUCGAGAUCGGCACCCUGUCGAUCGAAACCGGAGAGAUGCAGCAUGAGCUGGCAACCAUCGUAGGGACAAAAGAGGACUUCCAGCAGCAGCUGGAACCUGAACAGCUUCACGAGCCGGAGCCGGAGCUCGAAAAGGAGGAGCCGGCAGACACCCUGAACAACAACAAGUCCGCCGUCGCCGAAGCGGCCGAAAAGCUGCUCGAUGCGGUCAAGCACGAGAGCGGCGAGAAGUGGCAAAACUCCAUCUUCCUAUCUCUGAUGCGGGACUUCCGCGACGGCAGGAAGGACAUUGUGGGCGACGAGAUACGCUCCACGAGCGGUGGUACCGGGGAGACGACGCCGGCGGUGCAGCCUGUGGCGACCUGA